AAACGCGGUAGCUAUUACACCUAACCACAAGCAUUUGGAAGAGCUCGACUGAUGAAACUGGCGAUCUGAAAGCGAUGGGGAAAUCGUCCCGUCAACAGUACUUAGUGUUUGCUCCUUGUGGAAUUUAAAAAGAACCCUGACUUCACUGAAGAGGGAUAUGUUACUUCCAUUGCUAACAUAAUCUAUUUAUUUGCCACUAGCUCUCUCUCUUAGUGAAAGAAAUGUAGCUAGCAAAUAAUUUUCCCCCUAUUUUAAAGGGAUUGCUUUGAAAUUAUUUUUUUCACGGUGAUCUACGUUGUGAUGUGACUAGUAAUCCCGCUGGAUCUUGAUGUUCUUGUCAUCUCACCCCGCGUGUCAGAGAAUCCUUGCUUGUUGACCCGGCAACCAGACCAUUUCUUCUACUAGUAGGCUACUAGACGCAGUGUUGUAAGGUUGUCGUUAUUGGAUUUUUUUUAUUCAUCAAAAUAACGACAUUUUAAACCACAUGCGCAUGUCGGGCGAAAUUGACUCCUUUGGAAACUGUCAAUUCAGUAAUCUUGGAGGAAUUGGGUGAUGAAUUAUGUUUUGCGUGGACAAUGCCAUGAGAUGUGACUCAAUUGGAAUAAAGGUACACUGAUUUGCCCAUCAUCUGCAUCCCUGAAAGCCUCUCCGGACCUAAACAUGACGAGGAGUUUGCGAAGAUUCGUGCAUUUAGUGUUGUUUUGCCCCUUGUCGAAAGGUUUACAGAGUCGUCUCCCAGCCAUCAAGGUGAAAUACCUAUUCCUGGCGUGGCUGGGUAUCCUAGUGGGAAGCUGGGUCAUUUACAUGCAUUACUCAACCUAUUCUGAGCUCUGCCGUGGACAUGUCUGUCACAUGGUCAUUUGUGACCACUAUAGGAGGGGAAUCAUUUCCGGGUCAUCCUGCAAGUCCCUGUGUGAGCAGAACACCCUGACACUGCAGCGCUGCAUGUCCACCUCCCCAACCCACCAGGUGUAUGGUGGAGUCUGGAAGGAAAAGCCGGUGAUUAUAAAGUGUGGUAUUGAGGAGACAUUUAGGGGUGAUGGGAGUCCAGACUCUGUGCUUCGACAAGAGAUGACACUGUUUGAUAAACCAACCCGGGGCACGUCCAUGGAUGAGUUCCGAGAAAUGCUUCACAGUUUCCUUAAGUCAAAUUUGGGGGAGCAGCCCUCACUGGGGACCCUGGUGGGACGCAUCAUCACCCUGGCUGAUGUCAACCAGGAUGGGAAGGUAUCUUUGGCGGAGGCGAAAUCGGUGUGGGCACUGCUCCAGGUCAACGAAUUUCUCCUAAUGGUGGCGCUGCAAGAGAAGGAGCACACACCAAAGCUGCUGGGCUUCUGUGGGGACCUUUAUGUGACAGAGCGUGUGGCCCACAGCUCCCUCUACAGGCUGGAGGUUCCACGCUACCUGCAGCCGCUGGUCCCCACUGCCAUCAGCACCAGUUUGAACCGGUGGCUGGCGCCAGCCUGGCCCCGGCGCGCUCGCAUCACCAUUGGACUCCUGGAGUUUGUGGAGGAGGUAUUCCAUGGCUCCUAUGGCAGCUUCUUCAUGUGCGAUGCGAGCCCGCGCCAUGUGGGCUACAACAGCAAGUACGACUGCAAGAUGGCUGACCUGCGCAGUGUGGCGUCUGAAAUGGCAGUGCGUGGUUUUCUGAAGGGCCGCCGAUGCGAGACCAACAUCGACUGCACCUACGGCAAAGACUGCACAGCCACCUGUGACAAGCUGGUGAAGCAGUGCAACACAGAGGUGGUGCAGCCCAACCUUGCUAAGGUGUGCCAGCUCCUUCAGGAAUAUCUGCUGUUUGGGGCCCCGCCCGAUCUGCGGCAGGACCUGGAAAAACAGUUACGCACCUGUGUGACGCUCAGCGGUCUCGCCAGCCAAAUGGAAGUGCACCACUCACUUGUUCUUAAUAACCUCAAGACCCUUCUGUGGAAGAAGAUCUCCAACACAAAAUACUCCUGAAGCACAACAGGGUCCCCACUGAGGGGUCACUAAUAGCCCUCUCACUCUUUUCAGGAUUUUUUAUAAAGACAUCUGAGCAUCUGUAAAAUUCCACUGUACCACCAGUACUUCAAACUAAAAUGACAACGUAUUACGAAUUCAGCAGUUCCAUGUUUUAUCUUAACCUAACCGUUAUUUGCCAGAAUCGUUUGAAGAAUUAUCUGUUCUUAAAUUGUGGAGUUUAACCUAGAGGAACUACAUGAAUUCAGUGCAUUAUACUAGAUAAAUCUCUUAUUUCGACCGACAACCUUUAGAGUUUUUAGUGUUUGUCAAAGGAAAACCAUAAAUUAUGUUUUCUGUUAACUGUGUAUCUGUUGUUGAGUUUCUCAGGGCCAUGCCUCUAUGGUAUUUAUUAACGGUCUUGGUAAAGCAAAGCCUUUAGUUUCCAUAAAAAAUGGAUAACAAUGGACACAGCUUUCAGACAAUUAUUUGGAUAUAUUGUUCUAUUCUGCCUUGGGGAAAUUGUUUCUCUGUAUUUGUCUGUAAGAGGAAUAUCAAGAAAGUGUAGGCGUAUGUGUGUGUUUGUACAAAAGGCAAGUUUUUCUUAGGCAAGUUUUUCAGUGUGCAGUAUGUUGUGAAGGAAGGACCAUUUUUACACACAGAAUCUGAGUGUAGGUUUAGGCUGCUUAUAGAUAAACUCUGACUGAAUCUGGGGAAGAACCCAGUUCAUUAGUAUUGGCAUCACUAUUGCCAAAUGUAUUCUACCAGUGAAGGUGAAUUGCCUGGUAGAUAUUACCAAACCUGGAAAUAAUGUGUUAACCUUUUUCCAAGAGCUUACAGACUGUACAUAUUUUUAUUCAAAGCCAAUUAUCUAAGAGUUAAUCUUUACUCUCUCUAAACUAUAGAGAAUGCAGAUAGCAGAGUAGGAUGUAGGUGGUCAUAUUCCUUGUUUUGUUGAAUUGUAUUUCUCUACAUCUGUCUGACAUAAUUUAUCAUCACAUUAUGAUCUCACCAUAAAGUCUCAGGAUGGAUGGGACAUUUAAAAAUGACUCCCUCCACAUCUUGUCUGUUUUGUUUCUGACCAAGCUGAUGUCUUGAGGCAAGUCUUCUGAAAACCACCUCACAUUUUUUUCUCUCCAAUGGACUAUUAAAAAUCAAGACUAAUGAAUUGUAUGAUACUAUUUCAUAGAGUUAGCAGUCAGUUCCUUUCCUACUGGUAAGGUACACUCAGUGGCCAAUUCAUUAGGGUCACCCAUCUAGUAACGGGUAGGACCCCCUUUUGGCUCCAGAACAGCCUAAGCCUAAAUUCAUUGCAGCAAUGGAUUAAAUUAGGUGCUCAAAACAUUCCAUAGGGAUCUUGGUUCAUGCUGACUUGAAACCAUCACUUUCAGCUACACAUUCAUGCUGGGAACAUCCCGUUUCACCUCAUCCCAAGGGUUGGAUUGAGAUUAUGUUGGAUUAAGAUCCUAGGGACUGAUGGUGAUGGAGUAAACUGAAGUCACUGUCAUUUGUGGAACCAGCUUGAGAUGAUGCGUGCUUUGUGAAAUGGUACAUUAUCCUGCUGGAAACGUGCAUUUGAAAACGGCAAGGUGUGGCCAUAAAGUGAUUCACAUGGUCAGCAACAAUACUUACAUUUGCCGUGGAAUUCAAAUGAUGCCAAAUUGGUAUUAAAGGAGCCUAAGAAAACAUUCCCCACACCAAAAUAUCACCACCACCGGCCUGCACCAUUGACACAAGGCAAGAUCCAUUGAUUCAUGCAGUUUACACCAAAUUCUGAGAAUCUGCAUGUUGCAGCAGAAAUCAAGAUUCAUAAGACCAGGUAGUGUUUUUACUAAAUUUAAUAGUCCAGUUUUGGUGAUCAUGUGUUCGCUUUAGUCCCAUCUCCCUGUUCUAAGAGGACAGGAGGACAACCCACCUGCAGCUGUAACCCAUCCGCUUCAAGGUUUGACAUUGCGCAUUCAGAGAUGCCCUUCUGUUAUAAACAGCUAUUUCAGCAUUUGUGACCUUGCCAUUAUCUUUAAAAAGUCAGGCCAUUCUCUAACCUCUCAUUAGAAGUGUUUUUGCCCACAAAACUGUUAUUGAAUGUUUUUGUUUUUUUUUUGUUGUUGAUUGCACCAUUCUUUGUGACCUCUAGAGACUGUAGUCCAUGAAAAUCCCAAGAAGGCAGCAGUUUGAGAUGCUGGAAACCCCACACGUGUCACCAACAAUCAUAAGUGGUUUAGAUCCGCAUUUCCAUCUUUUGGUUACCAUAUGUCUGCUUCCUUUAUAAAGAGAGUUGCAGCCACAUGAUUUUCUGUAGCAGGCUAUUUGCAUUACUGAGCAGGUCUACCUAAUAAAGUGGUCACUGAGUG